GAAUUAUAUUGUUUGAAGGAUUCAAACAGAUAAUAACGUUGGAAAAAUUCGUUUAAAAACUUUCUCUAAAAGAAAAAACCUUUCUCAUCAUGGCGGCUUCUACCUUUUCUUCGUCGUCUUCUUUUGUAGGAUUGAUACCAUCACGGCCUUUAGUGUUCAUAAAGUCGCAAGAAGAAGAUGUGAGCAAAGGUCUGAUCAAUUUUCUCGAACCGGUCUUACAAAACAAAAAUAUAAAUGUCUUCAUAGACGAGGAAGAGGUAAGAGGCAAAGGUCUAAAGAAUCUGUUUAAAAGAAUCCAGGACUCAAAGAUCUCACUCGCGAUCUUUUCAGAGUCAAAAUGUGAUUUUAAUGAUUUACUGAAGAAUAAUGAAUCCGCCGAUGAAGCGAUUCCUAUAUUCUACAAGGUAGAUGCGACUGGAGACUUGGCCGAUCUCCAAAACAGCGUAAAGUGCAAGAAAGAUCUCAUAAAUUCUGCCGUGGAGGAAAUGAGUAAAUUGCUGGCGAAUAUUUCUGUGGGAGUAUACAGAGAAAAAGAAGCAAAUAGCAAAUGUUUCAUGGUCCCUGCAAGGAAACUCCAGAUGAGUCACUCGGAGAAACUGAUAAAUUGGACAUGGAGUUCUAUCUACGAGACACCAAAUGACGCUGCAAUUGAAGUUGCCAUGUUGAAUGAAGUCCACUGGCUGCACAUGUCUGGAAAUUUUCACACAAGAAAUCUGACACCAGGGACAAAAUAUGAGGUUGUCUUUUUGGUGAGCUUAGAUGAUACAUCUUCAGGAUGGGAGCAGCCGGUGAAUCUGAACUUGAAGGUAAUUAAUCCAGAUGGAACUGAGAGUUUGCAGGAGCGAGAAACAAGCUUGGAAUGUCACAUAGGUGAAAACUGGGUGGAUAUUCAAGCUGGAGUUUUGGUGGCACCUCCUAGGAAUGCGGCCGCAAAGAUGACUUUCACCAUGUAUCAGUAUGUGACUAGUGACCGGAAGAGCGGGCUCGUGGUCAAAGGUGUUGCUAUUCGUCCCAUGCAGUAACUAAAGAAAAAGUAAAACAUUGGAUCUUUUUAUCUAAUAUUGUGAUUGCGUGUAUUGCACGAAAUUAUUAUUUUUUAUUGUAUACGAGAAAUCCAAAUUUUCAAUACUAAAGAUAUUUAUUUUGGUUGAAUAAUUU